UCGACGAGUCAGUUCGAGGCGGUGUCUGAGUGCUUCAAAACUGACUGUUUAAACAAAAAUGGCGAAUAUUCGAUUCGUUUGUUUGCUUUUGCUCACUAUCCAUUACGCAUUUUCAGUUUUCUCUGCAGAAAUUUAUUUUCGAUGGUGCGCAUUGCCUGGGGAAAAAACCAAGUGUGAUGACUUUAUGAAACACGUAAACAUGACUGCUCAAAACAUGAGCUUAGCUGUUAAAACAAGUUGUGUCGAUGGAACUGACCCUGACGAUUGCAUGGAAAAGAUAAAAAACAGCGAGGCUGAUCUGGUGACAUUGAGUGGUGGAGACACUUACUCAGCGGGUGAAAGAUAUAACUUCAAAGUCAUUGUUUCUGAGCAGUAUGGCGAGUAUGACGUGAAAUACUACAGUGUUGCCAUUGUGAAAAAGAGUAACACAGGCUUCGACUUAAAGAGUCUUAAAGGGAAGAAGUCUUGCCACACUCAGGCUGAAAAGAAUGCAGGUUGGAAAAUUUCCGUGGGAUAUCUUCUGCGCUCAAAGAUCAUGGAUCCCGUGGAUUGUAAGAGCCCAUACAAGGCCUACUUUUCAGCUUCAAAGUUCUUCAGUGAGAGCUGUGUCCCAGGUACCAAAGAUAAAGUUAGUGCAGCUGCAUACGAGAAGGUCAAAAACCUGUGCAGUCUGUGCGCCGGUACUGGAAAUGACAAGUGCUCUACAAACUCUUCAGUUAAUGAAUACGUCAGCCAUAAAGGUGCCUUCAAAUGUAUGAAGGAUGGGAAGGGCGACGUGGCUUUUGUAAAGCUCCAGGUGGACUCACCAGCCGAUUUUUAUGAUAAGGAUAAUCAAAACGACUACCAGUUCUUGUGCCAGAAUGGAGGGAGAAAGGGGAUUGAAGGAUACAAGGAAUGCAAUCUCGGCGCAAGUCCUGCGCAUGCAGUGGUUACAAGGAAGGACAACUCUGACAUCGAAGACAUCAUUAAAAUCUUAAAGGCCAUGAGUUACAAGUACGGCAAGACUCAGACUGACUGGAGUAAGUUCCAGCUCUUCAACUCCUCCAAAUAUAACAACGGGGAAGAUUUGAUCUUUAAAGAUGCAACUACAGCACUCAAAGGUAUAGCGGUGGAUAAACAGAACUAUAUGGGUUACCUUGGAGACAUUUAUGGCAAAAAUGUGAAGGCGCUGACAUCUUGCGAUACAAUCGUUUCUACUUCUUCCGCGACUUCGCCCGUCACUACACUCAUGCUGUUUACAGCUGCGCUGAACGCUCUGCUCAUACCCACAGGCACUGAUACUUUUUGCUUGAUCAGAAAACUAUCCAGGGAUGCAACUGUCAAAGGUUUUUCUUUUUCAGGCCCUAUCAGUUUUAGAUGGUGCGCCUUGUCACACGAGAGAGCCAAGUGUUCUAACUUUACAGAUCAUGUUAAGAUGAUGGCUCAAACUAUGAAUUUGAGUGUGGCUGCGAGUUGCGUCGACGGAAAUAGCACUGAUGAUUGCAUAAAAAAAAUUAUCAAAAAGGAGGCCGACCUGGUGACGCUGGAUGGUGGAAACAUUCACGAAGCUGGGAAAUCGCACGAUUUCAAAGUCAUUGUUGCUGAACAGUAUGGCGAAUACGGGGUCAAAUAUUAUGCAGUUGCUGUGGUAAGAAAGAAUAACACAGGCUUCGACUUAAACAGCCUCAAAGGGAAGAAGUCUUGCCACACUGGAGCUGGGAGAACCGCAGGUUGGAAAGUGGCUGUAGGAUUUCUGCUUCGAUCAAAGAUUAUGCCAGCUGUGGCCUGUGGAAACGAGUCGAACGCUUACUUGUCGGCUGCAAAGUUCUUCGAAGAAAGUUGUGUCCCAGGUACCCCAUCUAAAGUGUCGUCAGGCGUCUAUCAAAUGGUAAGUAACCUCUGUAACCUAUGUGCUGGCCCUGAGAAUGACAAGUGCACCAUAGACAUCUUAAAAAAUAGAUACGUCGGUUAUCACGGAGCCUUCAUGUGCAUGGCGGAGGGAAAAGGUGACGUUGCUUUUGUGAAAUACACGACCACAGAGGAGGUGACUGCAGGAGGAAAAUAUGGGAAACCGGAAGAUUACGAAUACCUUUGCCCUACGGGAGGAAGAAUGGCUGUUGGAAAGCACACGGAAUGCCAUCUCGGCGCAAAUCCUGCCCAUGCUGUGGUCACCAGAGGAAACAACUCUGACAUCGGAGACAUCAUCAAAAUUUUAACGAAGAUGAGCGAAACGUAUGGAGUGAAACAGAAGGACUGGAAAAAGUUCCAACUAUUCAACUCCUCGCAGUACAGCAGCAAUAAUUUGCUCUUUAAAGAUUCAACAACCGCACUGAAUGCUCAACCUGCAGGUAAACAGAGCGUCAUGGAUUACCUCGGAAAAAGUUAUGGCGAAAAUGUGGAUUCCCUGACUUCAUGCGACACCACAACCUCCACGACCCUACCGCCACCGCCUGCCUCCUCUUCUACUGCGAUUCUGCCCGUCUCCUUGCUCGUGCUUUUCACAGCCUUGCUGGACAUGUUCAUAUAAAACGAACUUUGAACGUGCUUCGGGUAGUGAUGAAGCUGAUGAUUAAUAAGUGGUUAGGUCAUCAGGGUACUUCCUUUUUUAGUUCAUGAUCAUUAAUUGCAAAGUUAGUAGAGGGAUAAUAUGGUAAUUGUAAGCUCUAGGCACGCUUUUAUCGUCGCUGGUCAAAAGGUAGCGGCGAAGGCAAGGGAAAUGCUUUUGAGCCCAGAUUAUCCUUAUGACUGUUUGAGCUUUAUCGUUCAAAACUCAUUCAGUUUUGAUUGUCAAUGUUAAGGGUAGAUUUUUUUGUUACUUAUCGAGAGAUAGACAAGUUGAAAACAUUGAAGAUCGAGAAGAUAGAGAUCAAAAUCAAAUAAUGGCUUACCAUCAAUAUUUUUCUUAACACCAAGAAACGCCUCCACUUUUCAGAUUAAACUUUGUUUCCUUGUAAAAUUUGCUUUUAGCCUUUACAAGCCGUUCAGUGUAGUUCUAUGAUUAUAUAAUCCAGCCAGUUUCAAAGACAUCACCGCGCAUGACAUGUGAUAGUGUCGAAUUGACAGCGUUCAGAUCUUUUAUUCGGCUUGGUAAGCCCUUGUCUGAUUUUAUCUUAUUGCGUGUGAAAGAACCUCGCGCGAUGACAGACAAGCAACUCUUUCUCCAGUCUCUCUCCUCAACUUACCACACGCGUUUCCAUUAGCUUUUGUUUUCACCGAGAUACGUUCCGCGUAGGCUACUCAAGUGAUCCAGCUUCUGUGCGUGUUUUAGAGCAACAAAAUCAACAGCCAUAUCGCAUGAUCUCUUAAUAGCGUUACGUUUCCAGUUUCCGUAGCAUGACCAAGUCGAUUUAGACUUUGCACAGAAAUAAAGUUACAUAGAAGGUAGACAGAGAAAAAAGUCCCCGUUUUCAAAUGCAAGCCAUGAUGACAUACGUAGAACAAAAACAUAGACCCGUGAUGUUAAACAGUAUUAGCUUUUAAGCACAUGGAACACUAGUGAAGAUUAGUGAAAUAAAAUUUUGUUCCUAGUUA